AUGUCUAUCCUAUCACCCUAUACCGCCGUCCCAGAGCUCCUCCUCCGGCCAGGAUCAAAAACUGGUCGUUUACGGAUACAAGGAAAAGUUCUAUCAGAUGAUCAAGUGAUAGAAUGGAAGUGCCUCGCAGCCCAAAUACGGCCGACUCUUCGCCUACCAAGGGCUUCGACUACGAUUGCCGAUCGAGCAACAGGGCAAAAGGCAAUCAAGGGCUUCGAACCCGACUGCAUAGUUCAGAUUUCGGCGGAUGAUGGAACAUGCCGUGUACCGGGCGAAUUUAAAACCCCCUGGACCACCGACUUGUCCGACCUCGACCCGGAUGACGAGCUUCAAGUCCUUGCGCAAAUUGCGGGCUACAUGAAUGCGUAUAGCUGCCGGUUCGGGUUUGUGUGUACAUACGAUGCCGUUAUACUCCUGAAAAGGGUCGGGACGUACAGGUUUAUGGUGUCCGAGCCAUUUAAAGCCAUCCAGCCCUCGCCGGGGGGGCGCAAUCCCCAGGUCAGUGCCACCGAGGCGUUGUGGUGGGUAGCACUGCAGGCCCGGUCCAACUGGAAAUGGACUGGGCCUGCAGCUGACCCCAAUAACCUGCUCAAUGGUAGCUUUAUUCUCGGGCAUAACCUUAGGAACCACCGGUAA